AUGCGACAACCAUUGCGACGAAUUAGGGUUUCUUCGCGUUACGCGACGCAGCGUUGCAAGAUGCGGUGGGUUCUAGUGUUGGCAUUCUUCAUUAGUUCUAAUCUUGCCUAUAAUUUUACUUCAACGGUAGUCGUCGAUAAGUCUGGAAAAGGUCAAUUCAAGACGAUUCAAAGUGCGAUUAAUUCUGUUCCGGACGGAAAUAAUAAGUGUGAAAAGGUAUCAAUCUCAGCCGAGAAAGAAUACAUAUUUUUAGAUGGAAGCAGCUCAUCUCGCACGAUAAUCUCAUGGGAUGAUCAUCAAUCUACAGGCACAAGUGCCACAUUUAGCUCAUCUGCCAACAACUUUGUUGCUAAGGGCAUAACAUUUGUGAAUUCAUAUAAUAUAAAACAAACCACCAAAUUUGCACCAGCAUUGGCAGUAAUAUUAUCCGGAGACAAAGCAGCCUUCUAUAAUUGUGGAUUUAUUGGUUUUCAAGACACACUUUGUGACCUUCAGGGUCGUCAUUACUUUCGGUCAUGCUACAUUGAAGGAGUGGCUGAUUUUAUUUGGGGUUAUGGUCAAUCGGUUUACAAGAACUGCAACAUAAAAGUAAAUGGGAGAGGAGCAAUUUCUCUGGGCUAUAUUACUGCACAAGGAAGAGGAUCAGCACAAGAUUCAAAUGGCUUUGUGUUCGAGGGUUGUAAUAUUGGUGGUAUUGGGAAAGCAUACCUCGGAAGAGCUUAUGGAUCAUUUUCUAGAGUUGUUUUCAUUAAUUCGACAUUUAGUUCGGUUGUGACUCCUUUAGGAUGGGAUAAUGGUUUUCACCCGGGAGAAGAGAGGAACUUUACUUAUGUGGAGGCAGGUUGUCAAGGGAUAGGUGCAAACACUUCAAAUCGGGGAUUGUCUAUUUUCUAUGGGGAGACUGUUCUGCCACUGAAUUUGAGCCCUCUAAUUGUUGCACAAUGUUCUGAUUUGACAUUGUGA